ACGACAAGCAGGAGUGAGAGCCGAGCUGCUCUCAGUCUGAGAGACGCUGAGCUGCGCGUUUGGCACGCUGAGCUCCUCUUGCUUUAACCUGACCUGCCGUGACCGUGGACUGAUUUUGGACGUGGUUUUCACAGUUGCACACUGCGACGCCGACGGGCACGGACUGGACUCGGUCAGGGAUAAACAAACAGCCAAGAGGAAAUUACACUGGAAUUAGAGUGGAGACGCCAUCAGAGCGGCAGUGCGCUAUGAUUGGCCGUAACUGGGAUUUCGCUCUGGCGCUGUGCCUGUCCGUCAUGGUCGCAGGAGUCGACCCCAAUGAACUUCCUGAACCAGAAAACCUCACUCUGUCAUGGAGCCCCGACCAUUUCUCUCUAACUGCUGAGUGGAGUGAGCCCGCUGGUUUGGACGAUUGUAAAGUAAACUACACGCUUGAGUUAAUUCUUGAGAAAUGUCCUCCAAGCAGCACUGAGCCAAAUCUGAAUAAAGAAAUACGGCAAACAGUUCAUUUAAAUUACACAUGGGAGGUUUCUAAUGAGAGAGAAAUAUGCAUCUGGGUAAGGACAAACCCUUUGCAGUGUGGAAACAGGACACCCAGCAAAGCAGUGUAUAAAGGCAUCUCUCCACCUCUGGCUUUUGUGAAAAACUUCACUUGUGUUUAUUACUCUGAUAUGAAGAUGAACUGCACCUGGAGUGUAAUCAGCCACGUCCCUGACCUCCAGCUCUUCUACAGAAAUGAAGUGAGCGACCACCUAAAGCCUUGUAGCGCAUAUUUCACCAAAGAAGACAUGAAGACAGGCUGUCACCUAGAUGACAUAAUCUUCAAAUCUCACCACACGUUCUUCAACAUCAUUGGAACUGUAAAAGGUUCCAUAAUUUCAAACACCUUUAUGAGAGUACCACGUGAUUCAGUGAAACCAGAACCACUAGAGCUCAAGAUCACAAGGGACGGUGACCGUCUCUAUCUUCAAUCAAACACUCCAGAAUUUGCACAACAAUGUUGGAAAUACAAGUUUAGAUACAAAAUAUGCAACGAGGAGAGCGAAAAAGAGAUUGAAGCAGAAACGAAUCCAACAUUAGUUUUGGAAUACGACGCAUCCUGCAAGCACAGAGCUCAAGUGCAGGCCAUUUUCACUCAUUACUGUGGGGAAGCGGCAGAGAGUGAGAUGAGUGAACCUGUGUUUUAUGGUGAGAAUACUGAUCUAAACAGUCCGUUUAAGGUUGCUAUGAUAGUCAUUCCUUUAAUGGUGUCCUGCUGUCUCAUCAUGGCUCUGGUGUUAUUUAGAAGGUACAAGGAUAUCAUUCUCCCUACAAUUCCUGAACCAUCAUUAUUGUUCAAGGAUAUGCUUAGCAGUAAUAAUGAUGGAGGCCAGUCAAAGAGCCUCUAUGUGCCUAUUACAGAGGUCGUGGAGAGAGACGUCCGGUUGGAGCCAAAGCUUACAUCCUUACAACAUAAACCAUGACACCUGUUUGUAAAGCACACACUGACGGACUCAGUAAUGCCCAGUAAUGGAUUUACAGCAGGUAAUCAAGUCUAAGGCCAGUGAAUAAGACUGUGAUCAUUUCUACAGGGCAUUUUGUUUCGCGCACUGCUACUACCAAUAUCCUUUCUUCUUGCAUGGCAAAGAAUGACCUUACAUUCAGACGUAUAUUAGAGGAAACAUGAAAGUUAUGGGACUGGUAUUCACUCUGCAGCUGUACAUGUACAAAGAAACACAUCUGUGUGUCCACAGUAUUUAGUGAGUGAGUGGAAUGCUCUCAACAAUCUGUGAAGACACGCACUGCUUAUGUAUGUCCUGAGUGCAUCUACUAACCGAGACCCAGUUCUGAGGACCCCACACCGCGCACAUAUUUGGGGAUUCCCUCGUCUAUCACACCUGAUUCAACUAAAAAAAAAAAAUAACAAGCUCCUCAUGUCCUUGAGACAGGUGUGUGUGGAGCAACACAAAAAUGUGCAGAGAAAGGGUUGCCCAGGGCUCAUUUUGUAAUCAGUGGACCAAAGAAUGUAAUUUCUUUCAGAAUGAUGGUAACAACGUUUUAAAUGGUAUUUUUAUGUUUGUUGUCACCUGUACUUUUUAUACCCCCCCCCCUCACUUUUGGGAAACAAUGUCGAUGGAGGCAACUCUUUUCUAAGCAGUAGGACACUAAAAGUGGGCAUUUUCUAACAUUUCUGUCGAUAUUCUAUAUCCACAUGAUAACUGCAGUUAAAUGUUCAAGUGUAAAGAGUGUAAAAAGAAGCACCUGUAAAUACUGUAUUCCAGUACAAACAAAAAGGUUUUCUACAUAACUUGCUCUGUGAAUAAAGUAACCAUAGUGGUGACUAA